AUGGCAACAGACACAUCUGAUGAUGAACAAAAUCAACCAACUACUAAAUCGAAAAUUAAACAUCGACGUCGUAGAACAACAUUCGUGGUGUAUCAACUAGUUGAAUUAGAAAUGGCAUUUUCUUAUUGCAGGUGUCCCACAAAUCGUGAACGUUGUGAACUUGCUCGUAGACUUGAUUUAACGGAACGACUAGUUAGAAUUUGGUUUUUCAAUCGUCGACAGAAAUGGUUGAAAGAUAACAUAAUAGGAUAUUUUAAUGCAAAUCCAAUAAAUCCCAAUCGUUAUUAUCCGCAAGAUGCUGCAUGA